AUGAAUGCUGGCAAUCAAAGCCAUAAGGACGUUACCAGCAAAAUGAGGGAUGACCUGAACACCACCAAAACCAAGCUCAGACUAGGGCAUUGGAAUGUGAGGACAAUGUAUGAGAUAGGCAAGCUGUCACAGGUAACAUCUGAGAUGAGACAGUUUAAUCUCCACGUCCUAGGAGUGAGUGAGAGCAGAUGGACUGGAUCUGGAAAGAUGAAAACAACUACCGGACAAACUGUCCUCUACUCUGGGAGAGAUGACAACCUACACCAUGAAGGAGUAGCCAUCAUACUCAGGAAAGGUGUAGAACGGUGCCUGUUGGAAUGGAAGCCCAUAAAUAAUAGAUUAAUUAGCGCAAGAUUGAAGGGCAAGCACAUCAACACCAAAUUAAUACAAUGCUACGCACCAACUAAUGACAGUAGCGAUGAAGCCAAGGACAACUUCUAUAGUCAACUACAGGCAGAGAUAGAGAAAACCCCACGGCACGACCUCUUUGUCAUCAUGGGGGACCUCAAUGCUAAGGUCGGAAAGAAGAACACCGACUAUGAAAGAGUCAUGGGAAAGCAUGGGGUUGGGACCAGGAACGAUAAUGGCGAAAGACUGGUGGAGUUCUGUGCUAUGAAUAACCUAGUGAUAGGAGGAACCCUCUUCACACAUCGUGAUAUCCACAAGCUGACCUCGAACUCACCAGAUGGAAGGGACAAGAACCAGAUUGACCUCCUGAUGAUCAAUGGCAUGUGGAGACGCUCUCUAAUAGAUGUUAGGGUCAAGCGGAGUGCAGAUGUAGGCAGCGACCACCACCUGGUGACAGCACUCAUUAAGAUCAAAUUGAAGAAAACUGAGAAACAUUCCAAAAUCUUGCAAGACAUAGCAGAUGAAGGUGGGGAGACCAAUGUGGACAACACAUGGAAGCAAGUGGCCCAAUUGUACACUGAAAGCAGCAAAAAGAAACUAGGCCUUCGCAAGAGAAACACCAACAAAGACUGGAUCCAGCAGGAAACUCUGAUUGCUAUAGAGGAGAGAAAGGAAAUCAAGAAAAAGAUGCUGCAGAUAAAGUCCCCACGACUGCAUGAGAGGCAAGAGGAGCUGUACAGUGAGGCCAGCAAGAGAGUCAAGAAGCUUGCACGCCGUGACAAGAGAGAAGCCAUGGACCAACUUGCAGCUGAGGCAGAGGAAGCGGCAGUAAGGGGAGAGCAAGGGAGAGUAUAUAAGAUCACAAAACGAGUUUGUGGUAAAUUUAGAGGAAACGCAGGAGGACCUAUCAAGGACAAACACGGAACACUGCUGACAACAGAAAAAGAACAAGAAGAGAGAUAG